AUGAAGACUUCGGCCCUCAUCUCAGCUUUGUUCGCUUCCAGUGCUCUGGCAGCCAUCGGAAGCUACUGUCAUGACAGCAAGGGAAACUACGGAACCUGCCAGAAGACCUCCAAGUGCAGCUCUCUCAAUGGCUACACCAAGACCAACCUCUGCCCCAAUGACCCGGCCGAUGUGAAGUGUUGCUUCUACCCGGACUGCAACAGCAAUGGAUACUGCCAGAAGGAUACUCUUUCCUGCAGCGGCACAUACUCUACUGGCGACUGCCCUGGUCCCUCUGGCUACCGUUGCUGCAACGUCAGAAAGCCACCCAUCUGCAGCAGAGGCGACAGGACCAAGCGCUGCAUUCCCCUUUGA